GACGACCACUACGACGACCACUACGACGACCACUACCACCACUCCAACCACCACUACACCCACCACUCCCACCACUCCCACCACUCCCUCUACCCCGUGCCCACCUCGCCCGUCGCCAUGCACCGUGCAGAGCCGUCGGCCAACCGCAUCCUCACCAAGCGGUGGAAUGCGAGGAACCACGCGCAGCACAAGAAGCGGCUGCGGUCUGUCCGGUCGCGUGUGGACAAUGGGCCGCCGCGGCAGUACCUUCACCUCCACCUCAAUCUGAAGAAGCUGCAGCAGGAGGAGGAGCGGAUGUCGCAGAUCGAGAAGGACAAUCGCAUUCUGCUGGGCAAGAUGUCGGCCAUUAUGCGGCAGAAGAACACGCUCGACAACCGCAACGCCCGGUAUAAGCGGGGCAAGCCGAGCCUCAACAGGCUCAAGCGGAAGAAGGAGCUGGCGAGGAUCACCCGCGAGAACCAGCGCAUCCUCUCCCGCAUCCAGUCCAUCCAGCCCACGUACAACCAUGUGGCGUGGGAGCAGGAUCGGCUCCGCCAGCAGCGCAUGCUGGCCAACAUCUGCGAGUAUCCGUACUUGCCGCCUGACGCUGCCGCCGAGCCCUCGCUCACCCGCGCGCAGCUGGAGGAGAUGGAGGCGCGCCGGAGGGCCGAGGAGGACGAGAAGGUCCGCAUGCAGCUGCUCAAGCGGCCGAAAAAGGCGCCGACCUACCACCAGCCGCGCAACGCCGCCCACUACGACGACCGCCCUUACUCGCCCGAUGCUGACGACUCGUAUGGCUAUCCCGAGGAGAGCGCUGGCCUCGCGGAAGUUGAGCCUGUGGCCCCGAGCCGGCCGACGGCGAGCGAGCCGGUCUCGCCGGCGGGCGCGGCGUCGUCGGCAGCCUCGUCGGCCAUCCCGGCCGGUUCGGUAGCGCCGGUCAAGGUUCGGGUCUGCGUCGUCGAGGCUGCCGACCUUGCGUCGCACGACAUCGAUUCGGCCAACCCAGGUCAGACGUCGGACCCGUAUGUGGCGGUCAAGGUCGGCAAGACCAAGCGCAAAACCCAGACGGUGCAGAACUCGGAGCGGCCAGUCUUUAACGAGGUGUUUGAGUUUGAUGAGCUCGUCGGCGACGAGGCCAUUGAGCUCAAGGUCAUGGACGACGACACGUUUUCCGACGACACCAUUGGCGUCGCCUCAUUCGCCGUUGCUGCCUUUGACCUCAACGUCGAGCACGACAUCUGGGUCAAUGUUACCUCGGAUGGCGCGACCACCGGCCAGCUGCGGCUCAAGCUCAUGUUUGUCGCGCCUGGUGACGAGGCCGGCGAGGGCAAGGGCGAGGGCGAGGGCGAGGGCGAGAGUGAUUCGCGCAGCCAGGCCCUGCGAUUUGCAGAGACGAGGCGUGUUCUGCUCCCGAGCGAGGGAGACCUCGAUCUUGACCUCGACCUCGAUCUCGACCGCAACCUUGUUUGUGACGGCGAAGUUGAGCGCGAUCUUGAGCGCGAGCGCAGCGAGGAGCUGUCAGUUGAGAUCAAGUGA